CUUUCAACUCAAAUGCCCAUGCCCACCAUCAUUUGAACAGUGGGCAGCAUUCCCCCUUCUUCUCUUUUUCUCGGGUUCCAGACUAGUAUAUUUCUAGAGCUGCUCUUUCUUCCAAAUGGGCACCCGGAAACCUGCAGAGAAUGAUGUUUUCUCCGGCCAGACCCCAAAAGUUAUUGCAGACUUCGACCCACCCAAGAAACCUAAACGAAACAAGUAUGCCCUGGCGUGUUCCUUUUUAGCAUCCAUGACUUCUGUCUUGCUAGGCUAUGAUAUUGGAGUAAUGAGUGGCGCAGCAAUUUACAUCAAAAGAGACUUCAAGCUAAGCGACGUCAAGGUUGAAAUCCUGGUAGGCAUCCUGAACCUCUACUCUCUCCUGGGAUCAGCUGCUGCGGGGCGGACUUCCGACUGGAUUGGCCGCCGGCUCACAAUAGUGUUUGCUUCGGCUAUAUUCUUCGCCGGUGCACUCUUGAUGGGCUUCUCCACCAACUAUGCCUUCCUAAUGGUUGGCAGGUUCGUUGCGGGCGUUGGAGUCGGUUAUGCACUCAUGAUAGCUCCCGUCUAUACAGCUGAGGUCUCUCCGGCGUCGUCCCGCGGCUUCCUUACUUCCUUCCCUGAAGUCUUUAUUAACGCCGGCAUAUUGCUGGGCUACGUAUCAAAUUAUGGAUUUUCCAAGCUCCCACCUCACUUGGGUUGGCGUUUUAUGCUGGGAAUCGGAGCAGUCCCGUCUGUUUUCCUGGCCUUAGGAGUCCUGGCCAUGCCCGAGUCACCCCGUUGGCUGGUCAUGCAGGGUCGGCUCGGCGAAGCCAAGGGAGUUUUGGACAAAACCUCGGAUUCGUUAGAAGAAGCGCAGCUGAGAUUGUCCGACAUCAAGGAAGCCGCGGGUAUUCCCGAGCACUGCAACGACGACGUCGUGGCGGUCUCUAAAAAAAGCCACGGCGAAGGAGUUUGGAGGGAUCUGCUGGUCCACCCCACUCCAUCGGUCCUUCACAUUUUACUGGCGGGCGCUGGUAUCCAUUUUUUCCAACAAUCCAGCGGCAUUGACGCCGUGGUUUUAUACAGCCCCAGAAUAUUCGAAAAGGCAGGCAUAACUAAGGACACUGACAAGUUGCUCGCCACCAUGGCCGUUGGAUUCACCAAAACGUUGUUCAUCUUGGUGGCUACAUUUUUCCUGGACAAGGUCGGACGGCGCCCGUUGCUUCUGUCCAGCGUCGCCGGCAUGAUAGGCUCGCUUGCACUUUUGGGCGUUGGCUUGACCAUCGUUGAUCAUUCGGAGCAUAAGAUGGUGUGGGCCGUAGCAUGGUGCCUGAUCAUGGUAUUAGCCUACGUCUCGUUCUUCUCGAUCGGGCUGGGGCCCAUAACGUGGGUCUACAGCUCCGAGAUAUUCCCUCUGAGGCUGCGGGCUCAGGGAUGCAGCAUUGGCGUGGCAGCGAAUCGGGUGACGAGUGGGGUCAUCUCCAUGACUUUCUUGUCACUAUCCAAGGCGAUUACUACAGGCGGGGCCUUCUUUUUGUUCGCCGGAAUCGCGUCGGUGGCCUUUGCGUUCUUUUAUACCUUGCUCCCAGAAACGCGGGGUAGAACCCUCGAGGAGAUGGAAGAACUGUUUGGAACCUUCUUCCAGUGGAGGACGAAAAUGAGAGAGUUGGAGAAACAAAAGACAGGGCAGCAGCUUCAGAUGGGAACCACCGCAACUGCUGCCAAGAAUUAGAGAAUUAGCUUAGCUUCAAAAAUUAGUUACUAUCGUCGGUGGUACUAAUGCUACCUACAGCAGCGGACAAGGUUUCUCUGAUGUAAUUUGAAAGCAUAUAAAAUAUGAGCCUCGUACCAACAAAAAAAAAAAAAAAAAAUGGGGGUCCUUUCCAACACAA